UUAUAAAUGCAAGUAAUAGAUUUUGAGGGAAUGUGGGACGUGCAUGUGAUGACGCUGUAAAUAUUUCUUUAAUUAACUGUUGUUUUGAGUCAAUGAUGCAGUCCAUAAAUAAUUAAUAAUUUCUCGAUAAUUAAUAAAUGAAUUAUUUUAAUCUAAAUAAAAAUUUGUAAUCAUAGAAGUUUUAUUUUGAUUAAAGAAUCUCUAAUAUCUUUCGUCAUUGUAUCUAGUUAUUUUGAAGGUUGGAAUAAUGGGCAAAAACGAAAAUAUUUUUUAUAAUAAUUACAAUAAUAAUGAUAUUUUAAAAGAAAACGGAAUAACUGACAAAAGAAAUAAUUACUAUUAUAAUGACUCUCCUUCAAAACAAUCAAAAUUGGAUGAAACUGCAUCUCAAUUGUUUAAAAAAGAAUUUGAAAUGUCAAUUUCAAAUAAGUGGAAACUACCUGAACCUGAAUCUAUGUUGGCGUACAGCAAAUGGGAGAUACCAGACUUUUUAAGUUUAAAAAAGUCAUUAAACAAUGUCAAAGAUAAGCUAGAUAAUUUCAAUCUAAAUGAUUGGCACAAAAAUACUAAACAAACUAACCCAUCUGGUAAAGUUCUCUCAAAAGUAAGAUCUGCAAUUCAUCCAGAACUGUUAACUACAGCUUGGUUAAAAUUUUAUGAGCUAUUAAAUGAAUCACCUGUAAUACCCCAAGAUAAUAUUGAUAGUGGAAAGUUUAAUAGUGUUCAUCUAUGUGAAGCUCCUGGUGGAUUUAUCUGUGCUCUUAAUCAUUUUAUGAUUAAUAAAAACUUAAAUCUUAAAUGGGAUUGGUUAGGAAUGUCUUUAAACCCCUAUCAUGAAGGAAAUGGAAAUCCUGAUAUGAUAAAUGAUGACCGAUUUAUGUUGUUUACAAAAGACCAUUGGUUUUUUGGCCAUGAGUAUACUGGUGAUAUAUUUCAAAAAGACUUUUAUAAAAAUUUAUAUGAGGCUGUACAAAAGCGAUUUGGCAAACAAGCUAAUUUGGUUACAGGUGAUGGAAGUAUGGAUUGUCAAAAUAAUCCUGAUGAACAAGAAAAUGUUGUUAUGCGUUUACAAUUAGUAGAAACAAUGAUUGCUCUAAUGGUGUUAGAAACUGGUGGAACAUUUAUUUUAAAAAUGUUCACUAUGUUUGAGUGUAACACACUGUGUCGUAUAUAUUUACUUUGUUGUGCUUUUGAAUCAGUAAAAAUUAAAAAGCCUGUAACUAGCAGACAAGGCAAUUCUGAAAUUUAUGCUGUGUGUUGUGGUUAUAAAGGAUUAGAAAUCAUGGAGCCAUGGAUUCAUAAAUUUUUUUCUUCUGUUGAUCGAAUUCAAUCAGAUUAUAGUUUGUUUCCAUUGAAAGAAUUACCCAAAGAUUUUCUAGCUUCAAUGUACAACUGCUCAAAAUAUUUUAGUGAAUUGCAAAUACAAGUGAUUGAAAAUAAUAUUCAACGAUUUUUACAUGGAGAUGAAGGUUCAGAAAAUGAUACUACAUUUUUGAUUGAAUUACAAUACUAUGUUGCCAAAAUGUAUAUUAAUAAGUAUAAAAUUAAACCUAUUGAUUCAUCUCAUGAAAUAGUUGGACAAAAAAAACUUCAAACUAUACUGGAUGAGCUACCCAAAGUCAUAUCACUUCGAAAAGAUUUAGACUACUCUUUUUCAGAAAAACAAAGAAGAAUUGAGUAUCAAGCAAUGGAUGAAGCAAAGUUGCUCCAAAAUGAAGUAAAUGAUUUCACACAAGUUAAGUGGUUAUAUGACAGUUCUUUGUUAUGGUUUUCUGCCAAGGAUGCCAAAAUUGAUUUAUCAGAUAAAUUUAUUCAAAUGGGUAAACCUGUAUCUGUAAUACGUAGUUCUAAAUUUUGUGUGGAUGUCUUAAUUGAUUAUAGUAAUCGAGCUAGAUCAUUGUUUACAAUCCCCACAGAAGAUAGCAUAAAACGUAGAAAUCAUUUUUGGCUUCAAAUACCAAGAAAUACUAUAGAAGGUCACUUAUUUGUUUGUGACUUAACUUCCAUUAAUAUCAGUGAUUGUAUUAAUAACAAUAAAAAACAACUUGAUUCAUUAACAGCUAUAUUAGAAACUUUAGAACUUCUUGAAAGUUCUGACAGUUUAUUACUUAUAGGAUAUCCAUUACUUACUCAAGUUAAUGUUGGUGUAUUUUAUUCAUUAAUCAAUAUUUUUGAAAAGGUUGGAGUAAUGAAACCAAACAAAAUGGGUCAUUCUUUUAUAUUUUGCUCAAAAAAAGUAGACAAAACUGCCAGUGAUUGGAUGUCAUUAUUAAAAGAAAUAGUAGGAUAUAUCAAAGAUCCUAACAUUUCUGAAAUUUUAGAAAAACAGGGAAAAUCAUUAAUAUCAUUUUUUCCCAUCAAUACACUUAUUUUUCAACCAAUUUAUAAAGAUAUAGUAGUGAUGAAUUGUUUGUAUAUUAUAAACGAAGUUAAGAAAACUGUUUCUUCAUUUAUAAACCAGUAAAUUUAUUUAUUGUAGAUAUACUAAAAUUCUAUAAGUAUUAAUUUUUUAUCUAUAUGAAAUAACUUAUUUUGUAUUUAAUAAACCGCUUCUAUAUAUAUCUUGUUAAAUUAUCCAAGAUGUGAAAUUUUUAUAGAGAUUCUCAUAAAUGUUUUUAAAUUAUCAUUUGUUAUGAUUAUCCACUGGAAAAUUGUGUUAUCAUCUUUGAUUUUAUUAUAUAUAAUCAUAGUAAUGUAUACAAAAAUAUUUUCUAUAUACUCUAAAUUUGACUGAUUAAAUAGACUAUUUUGCCUCAAGACUGAUGCAACUUCGGUUGAAAAUUCUAUAGUAUUAAUUAUAUUUUAUAAUUUGUUAUAUUAAUGUAAGCUCUUAUUAGAUUACCAUAAAUAAGAAAUUGAAUCAAACCAAAGUGAAUAUAGGUGCAUUCCAUUUGUUUAAAAUCUUAGUUAUUUAUAUUGUUUAUUUAUUUGAGUUUAUUCAAAAUGUUAAAUGUUUUUAAGUUAUAUAUGUGAUUGCUAUAUUAUUGUAAUUUAUCUGUAUGUAAUUA